AUGGUACCGAGACCAAGUAAAAAUGUGAUAGUUAAGGGAUUGAAGAAAUCACUGUGUGAGAAGAGCGUCCAAUUGGUCGUCCGUGAUGUUCGCAAAGAAAACAAGAAGCAGCUAGUGACGGGGAGGCUAAUUGAAUGUGCACGCAGAGGUGAUGAUUUGAAAGAAGUUGCAAAACAUCUCGGCAUCAAGAUCAAAAUAUGUCGUGCUAUUGCAGCCGCGGAUCGGGAAGGAACACUAAAGCCUGGGUCUUAUAAGACUAAAUUAAACGACGAGGCCACAAAACAUUUAUGUGAUGUUGUCGAUGAGAACCCUACAGCCACGUUGAGGAAGUUAAAGGAACGCAUGGAGACGGACUUCCCGGGUACACUUAUCAGCAAGAAUUCCAUUGGUCGAUUGCUGGAUGGACAUCACUAUUCAAUUAAGAAGCUGACCAUCCAGCCCAUCGAACGGAACACGGAAUCUGUCAAAGUGAAACGAGUGGAAUAUGCCGAUUGGUUAUAG